CACACUCCGUCGCCGGUCAUCCGUCAGUGUUUUCUCUCUCUUUGGAGGACAGUGAAACAUGGCGCUGAGGCUCACCCGGCUGCUGGGCCCGUCCGGAGCCGCUGCUCUCAGGACGGAGAGCUUCACACAGAAGGCAGGCGUUCACACCAGCGCGGUGAGGAGCCUCCGGUACGGCUGGUGGUCCUACGCUCUGGGCGAGAGGACGACGCCGCGGUUGAAGCAGAACAGCAGAAUCAUCACUCUGGAUGGAAACCUGUCCUCGGGGAAAGGAGCACUGGCCCAGAAGCUGGCUGACAAGCUGGGGAUGCUCUACAUGCCGGAGCCGGACACUUACUACCUGGACAAGAUGACCGGGGAGAAGGAGCCGCUUCCUGUUGACUUCAACGGGAUGUGCAGCCUGGAGAAGUUCUACGCCGAGCCCAAAGCCGCCGACGGAAACAGCUACAGACUGCAGCUGUGGAUGUACACCAUGAGGGUGCUCCAGUACGCCGACGCCAUCGAGCACCUGCUCACUACCGGUCAAGGAGUGAUCCUGGAGCGUUCUCCUUUCAGUGACUUUGUGUUCCUGGAGGCCAUGUUCAAAGAGGGCUACAUCAGGAAGGAGUGCGUGACGCACUACUACGAGAUCAAAGGCAUCAGCAUCUGUGAGUUCCUGCCUCCACACCUCGCCAUCUACGUGGACCAGCCAGCUGAGGAGGUGCAGAAGAAGCUGAAACAGAGCGGCAAGUCCCAUCUUCAGAACGUCCCCCUGACGUAUCUGAAGACUAUCGAGGACCGCUACAAGAAGUCCUUCAUCCCCGCAAUCGGCAAAACAUCAGAAGUGCUCGCUUAUGAUACAACCCAAGCCCAAGAUGUGGAGAGGGUGGCAGAGGACAUCGACUAUCUGAAGUUUGAGAAGGGGCCGUGGCUGGAGCAGGACGACGUCAGCUACCACCACAUGAGGAUGCUCGUGGAAGACAAACAGAAGGUGGCGACUCUGACACACAUACCGAGGUUUCUGCCUGAGAUCGUCAUCGGGGCCCACGACUACGACGAGAAAUACUACGCCUUUAAAUCGCUCCCAGGGAAGAAGUAUGCGCCUGGUUAUAACACAGAUGUUGGAGACAAACACAUCUGGCUGAAGUGAACCCCGUCGCUGGCUGAGUGAACUCUUAUCGAUCCGGUUCUCUCCUGUUGUACAUCCUAAAUAAUAUGUCUGUAUUGAAAGAAUAAAUUUUGAAUCUA